AUGAACAACUCUGCAGAAGAUUCAACAGAAGGCGAGAUCCGUGAAAACGAGGAGCAGAACCUUCAGCUCAUAAAGGACGAACCUCAGCCCACUGACUGUGUGGUUCUGGAGGAUGAAACCGCUCCGCUUCAAAGCCCGGAGGAUCUGGACCGCAGCAGAGGGUCGGGGCAGGCGGCUGCGAGCGACGCGGGUUCUGGAGGGGAAAUUGAGGCGAUGCAAGAUGGCGAUGAUGAGUGGGAACCAAACGCCGAAGAUCUGGAGGAAGGCGACGAUCCACAGCCGAAAAGAAGGAGCUAUAAAGGCCCCAGGAGAUUCAUGGAGGACGGCAAGGAGAGCAAGGUGCUGUGCCAGGUGUGCGGCGUGUGGUACCGGACAAUAUCGGGUUUGACCAGACACGCCUGGGCGCACAUCGGAGACCCGAAGAGCAUCUGCGGGGUGUGUGGAGAGACCUUGAAGUCUGUGGAAGACAUGAAGGUACAUUUUGAAGUUCACCAAAAGAUCCAUGACUGUUCGUACUGCGGGAAGGGGUUCUUCACCGCCUCGGGCCUCAAGAACCACGUCUCCCUGCACACGGGGGAGCGGCAGUUCAAAUGCAGCCACUGCAGCAAAACCUUCGCUGUCCAGUCCGCCCUGAACGUCCACCUCUGGAUCCACGUGGAAGACCGGCCACACAAGUGCGACUUGUGUCCAAAGACGUUUGGACUGAGAGGCCAGCUCACGGCUCACAAGAAGAGUCACGUGAGUCGGGACCGGUACCUCUGCAACGUCUGCGGCCGGUCCGUCAGCGACCUCAGGUCUCUGACUCGCCACAAGUUGACGCACUCAAACGAGCGGCACUACGGCUGCAAGGUCUGCGGGAAGCGCUUCAAGCUGGAGCACACCCUGAAGGAGCACAUGAAGGUCCACACCACCAGGGACCGCAUGUUCCUGUGCCACAUCUGCUGCAAGACCUUCCUGUCCAACAACGCCCUGACGGGGCACAUGAAGACCCACAGCGGCGAGCGGCCGUUCGUCUGCAUCGUCUGCAACAAGAGCUUCUUCAACAAGUACGACCUGCAGAAACACAUGCGUGUUCACACCGGGGAGACGCCGUACGGCUGCUCCCACUGCGGCCGCCACUUCAAGCUCAAGAGCACCCUGAACGUCCACAUCCAGAGCCACCUGGGCAUCAAGCGCUUCAGCUGCGGCGUGUGCGGCAAAGCGUGUUCUCGACAGGAGCACCUGAACGUCCACAUGAGGACCCACAACGGAGAGAGACCCUACAGAUGUUCCCUCUGCGACAAAGCCUUCACCCAGAGCCACUGCCUGAAAACCCACAUGAAGAACUACCAUCCCGACCACGACCUCUACCAAGAACCGUCCACUUCCUUCAUCCAGCCGCUGGCCACCGAAGGAAUGACUGACGGAACAACCCAAUUAACCACAGCUGGAGCGACUGGAGGAUCGGCUGAAUUAACGACAGACGGAACGACAGACAGACUCUGAGGUUUUUGUCUUUGCUUGGUUUGUUUGUGCCAAUUCUGACUCCUGUAAAUCUAGACAAUAAGCGUCUUAGCAGCUUUACUUUCAUAGUUGAUUUUUUAAUCUUGUUGAAACUGUUAGCCGUUAGCCAUCCUCUGGUUAGCGUUGCAGAAGGAGUCGGGUUAAAGGUCAAGGUCGGGCAAAAAUCAAGUAUCCACUUUAAAUAUGAGAAAAGAAGUAUCCACUUUAAAUAUGAAAAACCACAGUAAUAAUCUUUUCUCUGGUUUUCUAUUGCUUUAGUUUAACUGUGAAAACU